AUGAUAUAUCCAACUACAGAAUCAACUUACUGGAUCGAUUCUGGUAUCAAUGGUUACGAUAUUGACGAGCAUAAUUUACAGCUUUCCGAAGAAUACUUGAAACAUGAACGUGACGAAGAAGCCUUAACCUAUCGCAAGCAUUACAAAGGAAAGGAACAUCAUAACUAUUAUACAGACGACAAAAAUUUAGGAUUCGUAUUACUAUCUCUAAAGAUGGACACUAUUGAAGACUGUGAAUGUAUUCGCGCGCUAUUACGAUCGAAAAAUUUAUUUAUUCAUCAAUUACUGCCGUGUAAUAUGUUUGUAUCUUAUCCUUCCCCUUCUGAAGUAGCUAAGAUGAUAUGCGAGGAAAUUUCGAAUACUGAUUUUGACGUUAUCAUCUCGCCAUGGUCGUCUGAUCUAAUAACAAAGUAUGAGGAGCACAAUUUGAUUCAUAAUUAUAAAUUUGGAAUCUUUACGCAACGUUUUGGCCAGACUAAAGAAGAAGAAUAUUUUGGCAACGAACAACAGUCUCCGGCCUUAACAGAAUUUUUGAACCUUAUCGCAGAUCGUGUUACUCUAGAAGGGUUCAAGGGCUUUGCUGGCGGCCUUGAUGUAAACCACAAUAACACUGGAAUGGAGUCCUACUAUACGCGUUUUAAAGAUAAAGAAAUCAUGUUUCAUGUUUCGACUUUACUCCCUUAUGAAAAGCAAGAUAGGCAAAAGCUGCAGCGAAAAAGGCAUAUCGGAAAUGAUAUAGUAUCUAUUGUUUUCCAGGAAGAAAAUACACCAUUUUCACCAAAUUCCAUCGCCUCUCAUUUUUUGCAUGUCUAUGUUGUUGUUCAACCUGUUAUAGUUGAUAAGAAAGUAACAAAAUAUAAGGUAUCGGUAGCAGGACGUAAAGAUGUUCCAGCAUUUAAACCACACUUACCAUGUCCAGCAGUUUUUGAAAAGGGGCCAAAAUUUCGUGAAUUUCUUUUAACAAAAUUAAUCGCAGCCGAGCAUGCAGCUUAUAAAGCUGAAGUAUUUACAAAACUGGAGAUAAGAACACGAGAACAUUUGUUGAAAGCUUUGGUUGAAGAUUUAAAGUUUGAGAAUGGUUUUACCCAUUUAGGAAUAACGGUAAAGCAUAUAUAUCAUCAUAAAUGCAUUUACGGUAUCUUAUUGCACUUCUAA